AAACCGUCUGAGACCAAGGUUAUUAUCUGUGUUACCAAGGAGGCGAGAGCCACGACAUGGUGAGGACGGAUAGGAAACGCUUCUGCUCGCUCGCUGCAGCAGCUUCAUUUGAGAGGCUUUUCCCCCUCGUGUGGUUUGUCCACCUCGACUCACAUUAGCGGCGAGCUGCGGCACUCAGGAUGAGACCCAUCUUUACCACAGGGCGGCGCUAUUGGGACCAAUGUCAUGGCCGUGGAUCUUUUCUUCUCUAAGCUCACCUCGAAUGCACGCAGCUCCAUGAUGGAUUUCGCUCCGGCUUCUACGUAGCUGCGGUGUGGGAGGGACUGCCCAUCUUCCAGCAUUUCCAUUGGUUUUACAGUCUGCAUGGUGGAGAGGGGGGUGCCUCUAAUCAUAUCCAGCAUGUUUUGUACAAGAAAUGUCAGCCAGAAAGGGCUAUCUUCUCCCUUCGCCAAAAUACACCACAAUAAUGUCAUGUUCGGACACUCCGUCAGGAAAUGCGUUUUUAGUGGAUUCUCUGAUCAAUGGCCGCAGCGAGAGUGCCGGAGGUCACUACGCAGGGAGCGCAGUGUGCGUGCCCCAUAGCACCGCAGCUACAGAAGUGCCUUACGGACUACACAAUUAUGGAUACUUCCCAGGUAUGGGUAAGCGGGGCGAGGUGGGUCCACAGAACAUUGUUUCUGGCUCAGGCGCGUACAUGUCCAGCAUGGAGAUGUGGAUGGACGCGCAGAGGUCAUGUCGUAUGGACCAAGAGCACCCUGCGGGUCCCCAGGUCGCGCCCUGCUCGUUCCCGCAGAACAUUAAGGAAGAGAGCACAUACUGCCUGUAUGAACAGCCCAAGUGCCCUAAAGCCUCCACCGCCGAAGAUCUCACAUAUUCGAGGUUAGCGACAGCCGGACUCGGUUCGAGUUCCUGCACAGGUACCGAUGGCGGUGGUGGUGGCGGGGGCUCAGUGCCUGUGCCGGGCUACUUCCGCUUGUCUCAGACGCACGCACAUUCUCAUAAACUUUACAACAGCAACGGCCCCCAGCCGAACCCUUCCCAUUCUCAUUUUGGCCUACACCCCACUGCUCCAGUUCGCUUCCAUACGCCACCGACUCCGACUUCUGCUCCAGCCACGGCGCAGGAAGGAAGGACCACCGAGGAGCCCGCGCCGUCGGUAAAAGCCGACCUGCAGCCUCACCCUGGACCGGUGACCGAUGAGGCACGCGAGUCCUCGGACGCGGAAGCCUCGUCGGGUGACGAGACGGAAGAACGUGGCAAAGCUAGACCAACUAAAGCUACUAAAGGAGACACAAAAAGUGAAAACAUGGCUAACUGGCUGACAGCGAAAAGCGGCCGGAAGAAACGCUGUCCAUACACCAAACACCAGACACUGGAGCUGGAGAAGGAGUUCCUCUUCAACAUGUACCUGACCCGAGAGCGCCGCCUAGAGAUCAGUAAAGGCGUCCACCUGACGGACAGACAGGUUAAGAUCUGGUUCCAGAACCGCAGGAUGAAACUGAAGAAAAUGACGCGGGAAAAUAGGAUCCGGGAGCUCACUUCCAACUACGGAUUUUCGUGAUGAACGAGGUGAUCACAUUGAAAUAGAAGUAAAUGGGGGAAAUCAAUGGCACCCAUACUCCCUCACCACUAUGGCUGCAUAUUGACUCAUUUUACUGUAGGGUACAACUCUCAUUUUUAUUACCAAACAAAUUCAGUGCAUCGUCCUCUGUGAGCUUCUGAGCAGAGAAAAAGGAAGAAAAUGUGAAUAUAAUGGGUUACAUUUGGUUUACGAGGGCGUGUUUUUGUAUUGUAAACCUGUUUUUGUGUGGUUGGAUUGUAUCAGUGGAGUUAAAUGAAAACAAUUUUAAAAGAGUAGAAAAGUGAAAACUUAUCCACUUUCCCCUACUUUUGAAAAUUAUCUUUUUUUUCUAUUCAUUUAAUCCAAAAGUAUGACUUUAUUUUAUUGAAUUGGAAUUGCAUGAUAAAACGUUUUCACAUAAAAAAUAUUAACCCCCCUCCCCCAUGGAAUAUAAUGCCCAUGUUUCACCAGGGGAAGAAUAAUUCACAUAUGGACAUUAGCUGUAGUUUCCCGUGAAAUAGAGUUAUAAUGUGUACGAGCUAAAUGUAGAAUUGAAACCUUUGUUCACAAUGAGGACGUUCACACGACAACGAUGCGCAAAGUGAAGGAGGAAUGUUUUUAUUGUAUAUUUCUGUGUACAUAUGACAUUGUGUUUUUGUGUAAUGCUUAAUAAAUUAUCAGCUGGCAUUGA